ACAUGAAAUGAACGGGGGUUAGUGGAUGGCAAUUGGCAUUUGAUUUGAUCCCGGCCGCUUUCACUGAUCAGCCAGCCAUGGCAUCGCAUCGCCAUUUGCCACUAAAGUAAGGAAGGCCCCAGGAAAGGGGCGAUGUGGUUUGAUGAAGCUGAAUAAACAAAGCCAGCACGCAAACCAGUAGCGUUCAGAGGACGCUCAUUUACAUAAAUACCCUCCGUCCUGGUUCCUUCCCCCAGCUCCAAACUCCAUUAUUGGUUGAUCCUUGAGAAGAGAGGAGGAAGAGAGGCAGAAGCAAAGGAGAGACAGCAGUUCUUCAGCUAGGCAGGAGGGCAAAGAGAGGGGAGAUGGCGUCGAAGAGGAUUCAGAAAGAGCUCAAGGAUCUGCAGAAGGACCCUCCCACCUCGUGCAGUGCAGGUCCUGUGGGUGAGGAUAUGUUCCACUGGCAGGCAACAAUAAUGGGUCCAUCUGAUAGCCCAUAUUCUGGUGGAGUUUUCCUAGUUACAAUCCAUUUCCCUCCUGAUUAUCCUUUCAAACCACCAAAGGUGGCUUUUCGCACCAAGGUGUUCCAUCCGAACAUUAACAGCAAUGGAAGCAUCUGCCUUGACAUCCUCAAGGACCAGUGGAGUCCCGCGCUCACUAUAUCCAAGGUGUUGCUGUCCAUCUGCUCCCUGCUGACGGAUCCAAACCCCGACGACCCUCUUGUCCCCGAGAUCGCGCACAUGUACAAGACGGACCGGCACAAGUACGAGAACACCGCGAGGACCUGGACCCAGAGGUACGCCAUGUAGAGGACUGGGUCACCAGAGCCGGCGCUGCUCCGCUUGUAUUGCGUCGCACUGUCGCUGGACCUGGGCGUGUCUCCUUUGCGUUCGAUCUUGUGCUGUAUGAUGAAUCAAAAUGGGUUUGCAGUGUGGUGCCGAAUGUUGUAUUGUGUCACUCCGAAGCAGUAAUUCUGAAUGUUUAGAAACGAAACUGGUGUUUGGAAGUGUUUUUCGUUGGAUCAUGUUGCCAAUCGCCAUGCGACAA